AUUUCUAUGUAAAUUUUUUAUAAGGAAAUUAAACAUAAUGGUUAUCUUAAUUAAAUAUUUGUUAAUUCGGUUAGAAAAUCACUCAAAAGAGAUUACGAUGCAAAAUUCGUAAAGCACAGUGCAUCCUUAGCGAUUGAUACCACUGAAGUUAGUCGCUACGCUUUCCUAUUUGAUGGUGCGAUGACUACUGAUGUGUGAAUCUCCGUGAUGCUUUUCUCCUAAAUCUAACAACAACAGACGUUAUGCUCAUAUUCUCUGACUUGAAUUAUUGAGAAUAUUGGAAUACUGAACUUUGGAUUAACCCUGUUUAUAUGUUUUACAUCAUACGAACAAUGUCAGCGGGAACUCAGGUUUGUUUUGGCUUAAUGUGUGUGUUAAUUGCCUUCCUGUAUCAAUGGUACCCCAGUAGCAACUACUCUUCAAUUGUAACUGAUCAAAUACUUGACGAAUACGAUUUUAUCGUUGUCGGAGGCGGGUCAGCUGGUUCUGUCCUAGCGUCGAGACUAUCCGAAGAUAGUGACAAAACGGUUUUAUUGCUAGAGGCAGGCGAACAUUUCAACGCCAGUCCACUGACACAUAUUCCAUUGGCAUGGGGUCCCCUAGAACAUACUGAAUUCGACUGGGAGUUUUACACUGAAAAACAGACACAGUGUUUUAAAGGUAUGAAAGACAACAAAGGAUACUGGCCACGUGGUCGUGUCCUGGGAGGAUCGGGUAUUCUCAACGGUAUGCAAUAUACACGAGGCAGUAAAUUUGACUACGAUGAAUGGGCGGCGGAUGGGUGUGAUGGAUGGAGCUAUAAAGACGUUUUGCCUUACUUUCUGAAAUCAGAAGAUAUCCAGAUAGAUGACCUUAAAUCCUCUCCGCAUCAUAGCAGCGGAGGACCACUUGCAGUGUCGUACAGUCCACCGACUGAUUUAACAAACCUUUUCAUGAAAGCUGGACAAGAACUUGGUUAUGAAAUAACAGAUUAUAAUGGAAAAGAUCAAGAGGGAUUUAGUGUCGUUCAAAGUAAUGUUCGCAAUGGCGUUCGUAGUAGUACAUGUCUGGAAUAUCUUGGUAAAAUUGGCAACAGGGAUAACUUACAUGUCACAGUUAAAACCGUUGUCUCAAAAGUUGACAUUAAAAAUGGCAGGGCUGUUGGCGUAUUCUACAUUCGAGACAACAAGAAAUUUUAUGUGAAAGCAAAGAAGGAAGUAAUAUUGUCUGCAGGAGCUGUCAACUCUCCGCAGUUGCUAAUGUUGUCUGGAAUUGGUCCAAAGGAUCAUUUGGACGAAAUGGGAAUAUCUGUUAUCAAGGACUUGCCAGUUGGGAAAUACUUGAAAGAUCAUCAACUUGUUGUCUUACCUAGUGUAAUAAACAAGCCGUAUGGGUUUACUAAAAAUCAACUGUUGAGUCAGUGGACUAGGUUUCAAUAUGACUGGUUUAAAAGCGGCCCUCUGGCCAACACUGGUCUCGAUGGAUCUGCAUUCCUACACCUUGAUAAAUCUAAACGAGGGAAAACAUAUCCAGAUAUUCAGAUUAUUUUUUUCAAUUUUCCAUUCGCUGACAACAUUUUUGAUUUCAAAGAUGAAAUAGCCAAUGAGUAUCUUGUUCAAGAUGGAUCUCUUCAUGGAUUUAGUACAGACAUUUGCAUAACACAUCCAGUCAGUACUGGUACGCUGAAACUUCGAAGCACAGAUCCUUUCGAUCCCCCAGCUAUUGAUCCGCAGUACUUUUCAGACAAAAGAGAUGUUGAAACAAUGAUAGGUGGAAUUCGAAUCUGGGAGAAACUCACCGAAACGGAAACAUUCAAAGAUCUUGGGGUGAACAUAAACCAAUUAAAGCUCUCAUUUUGCUCUCAAUUUGAGUUUCGUUCUGAUGAAUACUGGGAAUGUUUCAUCCGACAUGUUUCGGCAACAGAAUACCACCAUGCGUGUACGUGCAGAAUGGGCGGAGAAAAUGACCCGCUAGCAGUAGUUGAUCCACAGCUGCGUGUAAAAGGAAUUAAAGGUCUUAGAGUUGUUGAUGCAUCUGUGUUACAUAAUAUUACAUCUGGAAAUACGAACGCCCCAACUAUCAUGAUCGCAGAGAAAGCGGCCGAUAUGAUAAGAGGAAAAGAUACAGUCUCUAAAUAUAGAAAAACUUUUUAGCAUAAAGUGGUUCCUGUAUCGCAUAACCUGUGUAAGAAAAUGGAAUUUAUUUAAUUUGAAAUGCCUUAAUCUUUCUUUAUCAUGAUAUAUGUCUGAAAACGAAAUUGAAAGCAGUUACAUGGUUUUAUUCGUUGUCUGAUCAAACUUGCGUCGUUUGAAUCCAUGAACAAAAUGUAUACAUGAAUUCAAAAUAUAUAUCUUAAAACGGUUUAGUGCGGAUAGUAUUUAUGUUUUAAAAUAAUUCCAAUAUCCAGUGACUGUACAUAAAGCAUUUUAAACGGAAUAUUCUCGGAGAAUUUCGUCAACAUACUACUUUAAAUUUAUGAUUGUUUACUCUCAGCAUGAUUGUGAAUCAUUCAGUUGGUUAAUAAGGAAAAAUGUAUCUACAUCAGUUUUAAUAAGUGCGUAUUUCAUUUAUGUCCUUCAAUAAAACCAUUUUUUGGAGUUCAGAUGCGAAGGAAUUGUAGCAUAACAAUACGAAUCUGAACGACAGAUAAUGAUAAUUUAACUGACUUUACCCAUUUUAGUUUUGUUUUAAAUGUUUGUUUUUUUUUUUAGUUUAAAAAUCAUUUAGAAUUAUUUAAGGUUAAACAAAACUCUCCUAAAAGAAAUGAGAAAUUUAUUUGUUACUUUGAUAUAUUUUUUUAAUAUCAUAUAAUAACAUAACACCACACAGAGCAAAAUGUCAUUAUCAUAUAAAACGUUUUACAUGAUUUUCAUUUGGGAAUAAUGUAAUAAUUGCGAAAUCUGAUUAUUUAUAUAAUAAUCACAUGAAAAUAUCUUGAACUUCCCUGUAAUUAUUACAUGAUUAAUACAAUGGGUGUAUCCUUUCAUGUAAAUCUUAUGCAUACGUUUACAUGAGAAUAGUGCUAGGUAACUUCUAUGUGAUUUUUGUGUGAAGAUUUUUUGUAUGAUUAUUCUUUGUGGAGCCUUUUCAUAAUGUAAAUGAUACCCAUGUUAUCAUACCUACUUAAACCUAUAUUUCAGUGCAGAGUUUCAUUAAAAAGAGCAGAAAAAAUAAUAGAAUCAUCAAUUUUAACACGUAAAUAUGAUAGAUAAAGUAAUAAAAUUAUAAACGUUUUUCACUGGUUUAUAAUUUAGGAGGUAGUGUCACAUUCAUAUGAAUAUACUUGAACUUACUGACGUCUUUUGGAGUGCUUUAUCUCACCAAAGACAAGUAAAAAUGUUUUUUACGAAUGUAGAAAAAGUGAUUAAAAUAAAUUAGAUUUUAGGAUUGUUUUAUUUCCGCACCAAGGUAGGCAUUAAUCCUUAAUACCCUUGGAAGAAGACCACUUAAUAGUUUAGUGAGCAGUCAGCUUAUUAUGUGCUUUUUAUCACAUUAUAUUUAGUUUGAAACAUAAUGUUUGAUUUUAACCGCGUUGAUAGUUCCCCUUGUUAUUUUAGGUCAGACAAAAAUGCUUUUUGAUAACUGAGAAUCUUCAAUAAUCUUUUAACACCUUUAGUUUUCGCCUAUCUUGCAUAUAACUUUAUAAACAAUUUAAUUCGCAUGUAGCUUUUCCCAUGUCUCCUUGGUCUAGUGAUUUAUUCAGCGCUGCUUAUGAUCCGAACCAUUACUUUUGAUAUCAAACCAAACUUGUAUUUUAGGACAUUACUGCAAUUUAGAACAUCACUUUUAAUACUUGGUAAAAUGAAAUAGUGAUCAAUAUAUGAACUGCAUGUAUUAACCUUUGGCUUACUGGUGGCAAAUGAUUCUGCCUUUGCGACCAGUGCAGACAAAGAUCAGCCAGCACGUCUGUGCAGGCUGAUCAUUGUCGCAUUGUCCGCUAUUUAGUCAGUAAAUUUUCAAAGUGGUACUGCCCAAAUUGAAUGAUGGACCAGACCAUUUUAGAAAUUUAGCAGGGUAAAGAUUAAACAAUACGUUUUCAUUGUAAUAUCAGACAACUCUGGUAAUCUAAUACAUUGUUAUUGUAAUUUACGCUAUUGUUCGGUCCAAAAACAAAUCCAUCUUACUUAAUCAAUGUAAAUUUAUCAUAAAAGCAAAUAACAGAGAAUCAGCCAAAAUAAUUCUUGGAGAUAAUAGAAUAUAUUUAAAAAUCCGUUUCAUUGACUGUGUUUACUAUCACAAGGGUAAUAUUCCAUGUUAUUAAUUUAGACAGAAUAAAACCACAUGGAGGUAUAUAAAAUCAUGAAUAAUUAUUGUGAAAACAUUAAAUAUCAAAAUGUAAUAUAGCUUAAUUCUUCUGCUAAAAUGCGGCCGAUUUAAUAAUAUGUGACCAUAAAUUCUUACCAGAAUUAUUAUAUAUCUAACAAAUUAUGUACACAAGAUCAAACUUCUUUUUUGACAAAGUAAUAAGGAUUUGGCAUUUUUGUACUAUAUCAUUCAAAGGUACAAAAUGAAAAGAUAAAAGAUAGAACUGUACAAAAAAAAUAGAUAAAUAAAUUCCUUGUCCAAGUGUAUGAAUUUUUAUUUUCUGCAUUCUUUUUACUUUUUUCCAGUGAACAACAGACUCACAGUGAAACUGGAAAUAUGUGCCCUUUAAAAAUAUAUAUUUAUCAUACUCUCAAAUCCUGUUGCAGUAUUUGGAAACAAUAUAGAUCAGCCUUAGUCUUAUUCAGUAGGUAAACUAUAAGGAAGUAGAUUAUUUGUGUAAAUGUAGCGCCUGACAGCAUUUUACUUAUUCCACCAUUCAUUACAUUCUCCUACACACAUGUAAAAUAAAAUUCUUUUGGUGUAUUACACCUACAUGUAAUGUAUAAAUGAGUUUGGACAGAAAAAUAACUAAAAUUUAGUCCAACUUAAUUUUCCUUUCACUAAAUCAUUUGCAUGCAGUACAUGCAAUUAAUAUCAACAGUCACUGUAAUGUUUGUGGAAAACUUCAAAUCCAAGCAGGUACUAGCUAGAUACUUUGCCAGUGGACUAGCCUGUGACAUGCCAAAGAAGCAGCAGCUGUGAUUAAACAAAGUUAAAGAUUUCUCUAUGUUUUAUAAUUAAAUUUAAACAAUUUUAAACUACUGUCCAGCAACUAACUAAUUUCUAGCUGUAGAAAUCCUUUAUCUGCUUUCUCCUUUUCAACUAAUUUCUGUCCCCAUUAUUUUGCAUGUCAUGAUCUUUGUGAGUGUAAGAUUUCAUAGCUUCUCUUUUUAUGAUUUAUGAAAUAACAAUAAUUUAAUAUGUAAAAGGCCUUUAACUGCACAAAAAGUGUUUAACAAACUACUUAAAUUCUGUAUAUCAAAACUAUAUUGUUAGAAUGCAUGUAUAUUAGCAGCCUAAAUUCAUUUCCAAGUUCAACUUAUAGCUGUAACAGAGAUGUCUAGGUAAACUUAAAUCAUCAGACAUUUAGACUGAAAAAAGUAAACAUUUGUUAGAAUGAUUAUCAGAUAUUAGGUGUGAUACCAUAAUUUAAUUCACAUGGCAGUCAUUAAGAAGUACUAUUUUAUAUAUAUCUUUAAGCAGACAUAUAACAGCAAUUUUAAUUUUACAUCAUGAAUUGAAUUUAAAAAACACAAGCUUUGAUUUGCAGUUUGUGGUGGUUGGUGUUUAAAAUGUAAUAAUAGCCAUAGUUAUCAUGGUUAUGCUUAUGCAGUAUUUCUGGAGGCAGCAUUUGAGUUAAUAAAUAUUUUGCAUGAAUAAAGUAACCAUUUUAACAUCUAAAGGUCAUGCAUAUGGUCCUCUCUCAAAAUUUCCUGCAACAUCUAGCUCUUGACUAUGAUAUUUUUGAAAAAAAAAUUUAAAGUUGUGAAUAUAGCCAGUCUAUAUUAUCCUAGGUCCAACAUUACCAUCACUUCUCUGAGACAAAAUCAGAUUCUGUAAAAUAGACUGGCACUAAUUUUGUCACUUUUAUGGAAAACAAAAGAAAAUCACAAAAAUCUGAAAUUUUGUGACACAUUCUUUACUCAGUCUAGUGGCUAGCCUACCUCUAGGAAUACAGACACUAAAUAGAACAAGAGCUGUCAGUGGAAAAGGCGCUCGACUAUUCUCAGUGCUUGAUAGUAUAAUACAAGCUAUGAGUAAAACUAUAACAUUACAAUAAGCUUAUUCUUAGUCGAAAAGGGGCCAUAAUUCAGUCAAAAUGCUUGAUAGAGUCGCCUCCUCCUUUUUACAGACUGGGGUCAUGAUGGUAAACAAGUAUGCAAAAUAACAAAGCAAUAUCUCAAUGGACUUUGAAAAUAUUUGGGAUGGUACGCAAACUUUAACAUUUAUUCUAAGUAAAAAAGGGGCCAUAAUUCAGUCAAAAUGCUUGAUAGAGUUGCCUCCUCCUCUUUACAGACUGGGGUUAUAAUGGUAAACAAGUAUGCAAAAUAUGAAAGCAAUAUCUCAAUGGACGCCUGCUUUAAACAACCACUUAAUACUUACAAAUAGACAUCAGAAUAAAGAAUAAUAAAUAAAAAAUUUCAGUUGCAAUGGCUCAAUGGUUAUGUAAGGUGUUCCGUUAGGGCAAGCGCCUGCUCCCUGUGAGACAAAAUUGUACGAUGGCGAAGUAUGACAGUAUGAUGGUGAAGCGUGACAGUACGAUUGUUAAAUAUGACAGUACAAUGGCAAAGCACGGCAAUACAAUGACUAUGCAUGACAGUACGAUGGUGAAAUGCGACAGUACGAUGGUGAAGCGCGGCAGUACAAUGGUGACACUACAAUGGUGAAGCGCGACAGUGCGGUGGCGAAGCAUGACACUGAUGAUGAAGUGUGACGCAGUACGAUGGCAAAUCACAACAGUAUGACGGGCUGUCACCAUCGUACUGUUGCGCUUUGCCAUUAUACUGUCGUGUUAUCAUAAUCGUACUGUUGCGCUUUGCCAUUGUACUGUCACGCUUCGCUAUUUUCCGUCGUACCUUCUCGCUUCAUGCUCAUUGGGAGUAGGUGCUGGCCCUAAUGGAACACCAUGGUUUUGUGUUUCUCUGUUGUGUUAUACCAAAGAUGUUGGAAAGGUACUGGUAAAUCCCUUGCUUGACACUCAAUAUUUAACUUGAGGGGUUGUUUCAGAUGAUAUAAUAAGCUUUUGGUCACACUCAUGUUAUAGUUUAUCAUAAUUAUGCUACUUCUGAUAAUUAUAAAUUGAGUUUAUUUUGCAUAGUAUCAUAAAUGUUAAUCAUAUAGUGUACCUGUCCAUUUUUUAAAUAUACUGUAUCUAUUUUGGCAAUUCAAAGAGUUUUUGAUAUAAAUUUAAAUAAAAACUAUAGGUACAUGCUCAAAAUAUUUACUAUACCAAAAUUAUUGGCACUUUAAAUAUUUUAAUACUUCUAAAUGUUUGUAUUUAAAUGCAAUAAGUAACAAUUUUUAUUACCUCCCUUUAUAAAUACAGCACACGAAUCAAGCAUGUUUCUUACUUUAAAUAUAUGUUUUUCAUUAGUAUUAACAGUUUAUGCAAGAGAAAUAAAGGUACAUAGUACACAUCUAGGUUAGUUUUAUACAGAAUAAAGAACAUUUUAGAUGAUGGGCAAUUGCACAGGAUCAACUUUUUUUCGUUACUCUUGUCAGGGCCUUAUUCACUUUUUUUUAUUAGCUCGACUAUUCGAAGAAUAGGGGAGCUAUCCUACUCGCCUCGGCGUUAGCGUUAGCGUGAGCGUGAGCGUCACGCAAAUGUUAAAGUUUGCGUACCACCCCAAAUAUUUUCAAAGUCCAUUGAGAUAUUGCUUUUAUAUUUUGCAUACUUGUUUACCAUCAUGACCCCAGUCUGUAAAAAGGAGGAGGCAACUCUAUCAAGCAUUUUGACUGAAUUAUGGCCCCUUUCGACUUCGAAUAAAUGUUAAAAUUUGCGUACCACCCCAAAUAUUUUCAAAGUCCAUUGAGAUAUUGCUUUCAUAUUUUGCAUACUUGCUUACCAUCAUGACCCCAGUCUGUAAAAAGGAGGAGGCAACUCUAUCAAGCAUUUUGACUGAAUUAUGGCCCCUUUUCGACUUAGAAGAAAUGUUAAAGUUUGCGUACCACCUCAAAUAUUUUCAAAGUCCAUUGAGAUAUUGCUUUCAUAUUUUGCAUACUUGUUUACCAUCAUGACCCCAGUCUGUAAAAAGGAGGAGCCAAAUAUAUCAAGCAUUUUGACUGAAUUAUGGUCCCUUUUCGACUUAGAAUAAAUGUUAAAGUUUGCGUACCACCCCAAAUAUUUUCAAAGUCCAUUGAGAUAUUGCUUUCAUAUUUUGCAUACUUGCUUACCAUCAUGACCCCAGUCUGUAAAAAGGAGGAGGCAACUGUAUCAACCAUUUUGACUGAAUUAUGGCCCCUUUUCGACUUAGAAGAAAUGUUAAAGUUUGCGUACCACCCCAAAUAUUUUCAAAGUCCAUUGAGAUAUUGCUUUGAUAUUUUGCUUACUUGUUUACCAUCAUGACCCCAGUCUGUAAAAAGGAGGAGGCAACUCUAUCAAGCAUUUUGACUGAAUUAUGGCCCCUUUUUAACUUAGAAUAAAUGUUAAAGUUUGUAUACCACCCCAAAUAUUUUCAAAGUCCAUUGAGGUAUUGCUUUCAUAUUUUGCAUACUUGCUUACCAUCAUGACCCCAGUCUGUAGAAAGGAGGAGGCAACUCUAUCAAGCAAUUUGACUGAAUUAUGGCCCCUUUUUUACUUAGAAUAUGCUUAUUGUAAUGUUAAGGUUUUACUCGUUGUUUAUAUUAUACUAUCAAGCACUGAGAAUAGUCGAGCGCGCUGUCCAUUGACAGCUCUUGUUUUGAUAUGUUGUAAGCAGAAAAAAAUCGAAAUAAUUUAGUAAAUAAGAAAAGUAUGCACUUGAACUUCAUAGAGAUUUCUAUAAAAAAAUUAAGACAGUUGACUGUUAGGCACUGUGUAUUUGCCUAUCGAUUUUCCUUUGUCAUAUUCUCAUUGUUGUAAGCAACUUCAAAAUUUGUUGUAUUUUUUGAGGUUGUGCUUACGAUUGCAAAUAUAUAAAAAGGAAGUGGAUAUCAACAUGUAUUUCUGAACUAAUGAGAAAGGGUAUCUCCUGCUUUUCUCUUAUUCUGCAUUACUGGCUUUUCCAAUAAACUAUUUGGCAUUUCAACCAUAUUCAGCAAGAAGGUCAGGAAGUAUAACGAUGAAAAAUUUGUUUAUUGUUUUAUAAAUGCUAUACCCGUAUUAAACCUUUUCUUAUCU